AUGCGGGUCGCACCGCUGAUAGCUAUAGCUGGCAUCGUAAGCGCAUAUCCAGCCACAAUUGCACCCGGUAGCAACAGCACCGUUACUAAGACUGUCGCCGCUACGCCUUGCCCGUCUCCCGUGGAACAAGCCAAUAGGUUUGGGUUUAUCGGAGAACAAACAGCGACGUUUGCUCGCGAUGGACCCCACGCAACUCUGUCGCCAAACAUCCAUUGGUCGUGCGACACAAAGCCGGCGGCCAAUGUCAUCCCAAUCCCCCCCAGCAAGGGCUCCGAGAUGUACUACGGUGUUGGUGAUCCGGCCAAGGCAGGAGCAUAUGCCUUUGUCACCUACCAUUUCACUGCCCCCUCGGUAAACCUGGACCAUUGCGAUCAUGUAGCAGUCGUCACAUAUGAUUCGUCAGAUCUGACGAUCUCGUUUGGUAGCCACGACGGGUAUCAGAAUGCCGUGGAUACUUGGAACACUGAUGACGGUCUGAUCUUGAUCGUCUUCGUCAAAGGAUGCGGUGAUUACGAGAAAGGCGACCGUUGUUUCUUCCGCGUUUCUUCACUCCAGUUCCACGGCGGCAACUCUGUUAUAACGGCCUCUGGAACUCCUGGUCACCCUGACGAUCUUAUUACUUCUGGAGAGACUGAAUGGGGCCAUUGGACUCCUCGAGGACACCACCCUCAACCUUCGUCAGCCUCUGGAUCAACAUUCACUUGGGGAUCCGCACCGGCCGCCACCACCGGCAGCACUACAUAUGGUGCCAGCCCCACCUCACCUGGAGGAGCAGGCGCACCUGGAACUCCCGGAUCACCUUCGUCUUUGACUGGAUCAGCUGAUAUGCCCGGAGCUACUGGCAGCCCAAUCUCAAACAGCUCUUCGGCAGUGAACACCACCGACUUACAGGCACCUCGCAGUUGCGAGGCUCCUACAGAUACUAAGUACGGCCUUCCAACGGCCUGUCUUGGUGCUUACUUCGACGAAGAUCUCGACGAGGACCUAGGAUACGCCCAGUUGAGCGCUGAUAGUCUCAGAUUCGUUCAAGAAAUUGCCCCUGGGUUCAUUCAGGAGUCUAUUCCAGAGGAGUUCAAGUACGACAUUGACCCAGAAGACACCUUCUGGAAACAACGCCGGAACGUCCGUAAGCGGUGGUUCAAGUCCUUCUUCAACAAAAUUGUGCAGCCUCUCAAGGCAGUUUAUCAAGCAACGCAACAAGCUCUCUCAAUCGGAGGUUCCAUAAACAAAGAAAUCUCCUGGCACCUCCCCAAUCCCAAGUCAUCUAACCCUGACGACAAAACACUCAGAGAUCCCAAGACUAAGCAGGUACAGUCUCCGUGGGGCGAUUCAAUUCUUCUUAGGGCGCUAGGUUCUCAGGAGGAGGACCCUGAAAAGAAGGUCAAUGGAUACAUGAACAUUUUCUGUGUCGGGUGCGGUGCCUUUGGUAACGCAAAAAUUGCCGGUCGGGCCCGUUGGACUCCUAUUGGCGGCUUUCUCGAAGGCGAGGUCGACAUUAGGACGGAUAUCAAGUUCGUUCUGAAGAUAGGGAUUGAUGCCCAGAUCACUUACAAGCAAGAGUUCUACAACGACCUGAUUAACGUUGCUUUGCCCGGGUUGACUUACGGUGUUGUCAACAUCGGGCCACGCAUCAGCGUCGGAUCACGCGUUGAAGUCGAAGCGGCGGCUAAGGGCAAGCUACUGGCUGGCGCCGAGAUGGGUCUACAGGACGCUCAUGUGCUCAUUGACUUCGUCAAUUCGGCUAACAGCAAGAAGAGUGGCUGGGAGCCCUACUUCAAGCCGGUCUUCGAGGCGGAGGGUCAGCUGAUGCUCUCUACGUCACUUGGACUACCCAUAGGUAUCAAGUGUGGCCUUCAGAUCGCGUCCUGGGAUAAGUCGGUAGGAAUUAUUGAUGAGCCUUCAAUCAAAGGUGUUGCUCAAGUUGCGGCUUCAAUCGGCCUCUCUGAGACAGGCAGCUUCACUGCCGGAUUUACCGAUACGAAUGGCUGUACCGGCAUCAGCACGCAAAUUAGCUGGCGCAACAGGCUAUACAUCGACAUCUUGGGUUCAAAGCAGAUACCUUUGUUGGAUACCAACGAUCGUCCCCUGACUCAGGGAUGUAUCGAGUUACCCGCCUCCAAGCGUGAUAUUGAACAUCGACAAGCUUCUCAGCCCACGAGCUCGCUUGUUGACAUCACAGACAACUACAAGGGAGGCACCUCCACCAUUUCUUAUGAGCCCCAGUCCAUUCCGAACAGAGCCUACAAUGACACCAAUGGAUACGAGUAUUCUCUGCUUGUUGACCCUACCGGUUCUACCAUGAUCAUUUCUUGCAGCAACGGCAACUUGUACGCAGUCGUCACCGACGGACCAGACAAUGACCUCUGCUCGGAAUUGUGGGCUACUCAAGAUGAUGCCCUCAUUUACGACGGAGCCCAGCGAUUGAUGCACUACUAUGACAACACCAUGACGAAGCUCGGAGUUUCUAGAUUGCGCGUCGAACCCGAGCUGGAGGGCCCUACUGGUAGUGUUGUUGUUGCGUGGGCUCCGUACUACGACGGACCUGGCUCUGAAGAGUACUACUUCGUUGCCGUCGACCCUCUUGACGAGAUUUUCUAUCCUGUAGUUUGCGACUACGUUGACGGGCAAUCGUCAAAGCUCUUCCUGGUUCGUGACCCUGUUGUGGGACUCGAGACACUCAAGAGUCCUGACCUCAUUUACACUGUCACUGGUGGCCGAGUCCGCGAAUGCUUUGCCUUAGUGCUGAUGCAAGGUAUCCGCGAUACAGCGAGCUAUCUCAGCUUGAGCGGUUACCCCGACCUCUAG